GUCGGGGGUUCCGUAUGUCUGUCCUCCCUUGGCAAGGCAUCAACAUCCUUUCUCUCCAUGGGAGCAUCUUCCACCAUGGCAGCUAAUGGCAGGCUCCAUGAUUGCAAGGGCUUCAUCCUCCGUUUGAUCAGAUCCCCAGGUCUGUAUUUCGACCAGGGCUGGGAAGCCUCACGCCUGUACUGGUUCUCCCUCUUCUUCGUCGCCGUCUUCUCCGCCAAACUCCUCCAUAUCUACUCCCAUCUGAGCUCCCUCCCGUUGAAACAGUUUCUGGUCUGGGGCUUGACCUUCUUCGUCCAAGAUGUCCUCUGCAUUGUCGUCGCAUGGGGCCUGACUCGACAUUGGCAUGGGAAAUGGGCACGCAUCAUGGCGGCCCUGGUGGUCAUCCCCAUGAGUUUGAUUGUCUCGGGCAUGGCCGCCGCCAAUAUUUCUUUCUAUGCCAGCACCGGGGCAGAAAUACACUGGCGACAAGCGCGCACUUUCCACCGCGACGCUGCCUCCGUCAAGACCCUUCUCAGCGGCCUGACAGGCCUUUUGAUCGUUGAGAUCCUGUUCAUCGUAGUAUCAUGGUUCGCAACGCCUUUCCUGUUCAAUUGGAUUGGAGGAGUCCUUAGAAUCUUGAGCUCGUCUGUGACUUCUGUAUGCUGCUGCUGCAGGAGGAGGAAGAAGCCUGCGCUGGAUCCGGAGGGCUACGAACCAGUGGUCUUGGACGACUACGACGAAGACAAGAAUGACCUAGAGUCGAGUCCGUCGAUGGGGAUUUUCCAGAAGAUGUUACAGGAGACUAAUCAGUCUCCGCUGAAGCUCCUUUUGAUACUCCUUCCCACGGCCACAGUCAUCAUCCUGAGCUGCAUUCGUCCAUCCGACCCUGCAUACUGUUUUCUCUCCCAAACACUGAUCCUCACCCCUUUCAGUGAACCAAGGGCCUACAACGGAAAUGUCUUGCUCGAUAUUCCCAGGUUGCAAGGCGAUUACAGCUGGCUCGGUAACCGUACAGCCUUGGACACGCCCCCCAAGUUUAACUGGCUACCGUCCAGAAAGUUAGAUGGGUUCAGAGACUGGUAUACGAGCCCAAAUGCGAGCGAGACGUAUAUGCAUUACAAUCCAGCAAAGGACCCGCUGCAUAUUUCGAAUCUGCAGGGUGAAGUCAUCGAGCCCUUGCGUGAAGUCCUCCACAACGGCAAGGUUAAGAUCAAACACGUCUUCGUGCUCAAACUGGAAAGCACUCGAGAAGAUGUUUUCCCCCUUCGCAAGGAGUCCUACAUGCACAACCGCGUUCGACAGACCUACAGCAACGGCCGGAUCCCUGAUCAUGUUGAAAAAAGACUAGCCAAUCUGACCCGUACAGCAGAGAGGUUAGCUGGGAUCCCAUCUGGAUGGGACAGUGAAGGGACGGCUCCCAAACCGUACGGCGGCAUUCGUGCGGCCAACGCGUACACCAGCAGCACAUUCACCCUCAAGAGCUUGACGGGCACUUUGUGUGGUGUUUCGCCGCUGGUUGUCGACUUCAAUCGCGAGUAUCUGCAUCACAUUUAUCAACCCUGCAUACCCCAAAUUCUUGACGCACUGAACCCCCAAUCCAAUGGCACCAACAGCACUGACGACUUUACUUCCUGGCCAUGGCAUUCUGCCUUCAUGCAGUCUAUCACUGAUUCUUAUGACAACCAGAACUAUCUGACGCCGGUUUUGGGCUACAAGCAUUCGGUGACGGUGGACACGAUUGUUCAGGAUCGUAUGGAAAACCCCUCCCCCGACGACGAGCCGGUUAAUUUCUGGGGAUAUCCAGACAACGAAUUGCGCGGCUAUUUCCGCAAUGCCAUCAACAAGGCUGAACAGGACAAGGAGCGUCUGUUCAUCAGCCAUAUCACUGGCAUCACACAUCAUCCUUGGAACAUGCCACACAAUAAGUUUGAGGAGAUGUCUGGUCCCGGCUGGUUUAAGCACAACACGAAGUUGAAUCGCUAUCUGAACACUAUUGGCUUCGCAGACCGAUGGCUUGCGGAGAUUCUAGAGAUCCUCGAGGACACUGGAAUUGCCAAUGAGACUCUCCUUGUGGUAGUUGGUGACCAUGGCAUUUCCCUCCCCGAAGACAACGGCGUCACGCCAAAUGAUAAUCCCCAUGUGUCGAAUUUCCAUGUCCCCUUAGUCUUUGCCCACCCUCACCUGCCUCCUAUUGAAAUCAGCUCCGCAGUCACUUCCAAGCAGAUUCUCCCCACGCUCCUCGACUUGCUAAAGGAGUCGUCAUCCCUAGAUGACCACUCCAAGCACAUCGUCGAAGACCUGCUCCCCAUGUACGAGGGCCAGUCGAUGAUCCGACCUCUCAUACCCGAGCUCAACGGGGUACAAGACUGGCAAUUCACUGUGAUGAACACCGGAGGGACCUGGCUUUCCCUACGAUCUGCUGCAAACCCCUAUCGCUUGGUUGUACCCCUCGUCCCAGACGUGGAGUGGCGAUUCACCGAUGUCGAGACAGAUCCGUCCGAGCUCCAUCACCUCAUGGCAUUUGACCUGUUAAAUCUUAUGGAACUCGUGCGUGCAAAGCAUGGGUCUGAAGCUGUCCAGUGGAUCAAUGAUGCAGCACAUGUUGCUCAAUGGUGGGUUUCGGAAAAUUGGCGUCGUUAUGAAUAUACCCCAUGACGUAGAAACAGAAAAGCAUUGGAAACUCGGAACUCAUCACUUGCUCUUUCCCAAUGUUCAUUCAUUUCCGGCCUGUCUAUCUGGUUAGAGCGGCCCUGAAGUUGGUACGGUUGUUGGUUAUUGUUAUUACUGCAUUGGGUCUCAUAUUGGAGUACUAGGCUUUUCUUUUUCUACAUGGUAUGCAUUACUAGCAUCAGAAUGAUAUUGCAUAUGGAGUACAUACCUUUUAUAAUUUACUCAAUCAAGAGCUUACUUGGGCGUUAUACAUACAGGCCCAGCUUUUUCUAGAGAAGCGGGUUAU